AUGCCUUGUGGAAAAACACUAACAGAGUUGGAAAUACGUGAAAUUUACCAACUAAAAGGAUUAGGACGAUCUCUAAGACAAAUUUCGGCAGCUAUAAAUCAAUCUACAUGUGCUAUGAGAAAUGUGUUAACUCAGGGUGAAAAUUAUGGCAGAAAUAAGCAAUGUGGAAGGCCUAAACUCCUUACACAUAGAAACGAAAGAAAGGUUUUUCAGCUACUGACGGUCAACAAGUUAUCUGUCAGAGAAGCAGCAUCAACAUUGCCAAUUGUAGUUUCACCAGCAACUGUAUGGAGAUGUAUGCAUAAUUAUAAAAAUGCCAAAUUUACCAAAAUGACUGCCAAACUGAAAUUAACACAAUUGCACAAAACAGCUAGAUUAAAGUGGGCCAAAGACAAGAUGACAUGGAAAGAGGAAUGGAAACAAAUAGAUGAAAAAAGUGGAAUUUGGAUGGACCUGACGGUUAUAGUCACUACUGGCAUGAUUUGA